AUGGAUACAAACGGCAAUGGAAAGCGCGGACUACCUACACUUAGAGAAAUUAUUAGACGUCAACGACAGGAUUCAGAUGGAGGAUGUACAGAUUCUCCAGAUUUGGAAUUUAUAUACGAUGACACAGAUACCCACAUUAAUGAAAUUUCAGAACUAUACAGUUACACAGAACAACCUGAGCUGCAGUUUAAUGUUAAAGCAUUUGAAGACCAGAUGGAAGUGUACAACCUCCUUCCUAGUUGGCAAAGAUUAUCACUUAAAAAACGAAAAUCGGUAGUUAUGAAACUGCUUGACCAAUUAGAGGUUAGCAGCAGGCCUUUGAGGAUGAGAAGUGCUAGAUGUCUGCUGUACAUUGCUCAAGGAUGCUGGGCUGAAAUGCAAUCAGAUGCAGAGCAACAACAAUGGGCCAGAUGUAAUUCGAUGUUACUUUAUAAAUUGGGAGUAUUUACAGCAUUUACUGAUUUGCUAAAUAUAGAAUUUGAGAAUAGUACUGCAGCACAUGUGGCCAUGAGAAAAAUUGCUAUAUCUUUAGCAGAUUCCCAAGAUUUAAGAGUUAUAUUGUCCGUUUUAUACACAAUAACCGAAGUCAUUAGGAACGAAAAAGAUACUCAGUCUACAGAGUAUGAGGAAGAAGUGAAGUCGUUUUGUCAUGAAAUAGCGUCGUCAUCUGGUGACGACAUGCUUAUUAUCAAGCUCCUCAGUAUGGUCACCAGAUUCUGCAGUGGUUCAGCUCCUCAUUUUCCUAUGAAAAAAGUGUUACUGCUGUUAUGGAAGCUGAUUUUGGUAUUUUUAGGGGGUAUGAACACUUUAAAGGACCUUAAAUUGGAAAAAAGAAAAAGAAUGGGACUGCCCCUUUAUAACGAAGAUACCUUGGAAAUUACGAAGACUAUGAGAUCCUCCUCUCCCCCUGCUAGUGCAUCUGAUCUUCUGGAAGCUCAAAAUCAAAAAAGAACUGCUAGACCAUUUAGAAGAAGCUUAAUAAAACAAAGCGUUCUAGAUGAUCAUGAUACCUUGGAUAUGGUGUUAAAUGCCAUAGUAGGAAUAAAAAAUGAAGAAGUUAACGAGUUACAAGAUUUCGAUGAAAACCAACCGCCUAACGAAACGAACGAUCAAAUAUAUCAUAAUAAUCAUGAGACGUAUAGGCCUAUCUCACCACCCUCUCCAAAUUCACUAAUUUUACCUAAAGGAUUGCCUUGGAAGCCUAAAGUCAGGCAAAAAGAUAUUGAUUUAUUUUUAGACACUGCACGGAUGAAAUUUUUGGGUUACAGUCUUCCAGGGGACAGAACAACUUUAUUUGGACUACCUGAGCCAAUUCACGAGGGUGUCAAAACAUUAAAUGAACAUAUUUAUCUCUCUCUGUCCGAAUUACAAGUACAAAAAGAAGAAGAAAUAGCUAGAAAUCCAAUAUCUACUAGUGAGGGAGAGAUAGAUUUGACACCUACAGAAAUACUUUAUCAAGCUAUGUUGCCCAAUUUACCACAAUAUAUGAUAGCUUUAUUGAAAAUAUUGCUUGCUGCCGCUCCUACCUCAAAAACAAAAACGGAUUCUAUUAAUAUAAUGGCUGAUGUACUACCGGAAGAGAUGCCGAUGACUGUAUUGCAGUCAAUGAAAUUAGGAAUCGAUGUCAAUAGGCACAAAGAAAUUAUUGUUAAAGCAGUAUCGGCAAUUUUAUUAUUGUUGUUAAAACAUCUAAAAUUAAAUCAUAUUUAUCAGUUUGAAUUUAUGUCGCAACACCUAGUUUUUGCCAAUUGCAUACCGCUUGUUUUGAAGUUUUUUAAUCAGAAUAUUAUGGCCUAUAUUGGAGCAAAAAAUGUAAUACCCAUUUUGGACUUUCCUUCUUGUGUAAUUGGCGACCAACCUGAACUUACCUCUGAAAGAUUAGAAAUUGGUGAUUUAGCCGCCUUUUCUUGGCGUAAUAUGUUUUCUUGUAUAAAUUUACUUAGGAUAUUAAAUAAAUUAACAAAAUGGAAGCACUCUCGAAUAAUGAUGCUUGUUGUUUUCAAAUCCGCCCCAAUAUUAAAACGAACAUUAAAAGUGCGUCAUGCGAUGACACAAUUGUAUGUUUUAAAGUUAUUGAAAAUGCAAACAAAAUACUUGGGAAGGCAGUGGAGGAAGUCUAAUAUGAAGACAAUAAGUGCAAUUUACCAAAAAGUUAGACAUCGCCUUAAUGAUGAUUGGGCAUAUGGAAAUGAUUUAGAUGCGAGGCCAUGGGAUUUUCAAGCCGAGGAAUGUGCUCUGCGAGCGUCUGUAGAUAGAUUUAAUAAUCGUAGAUAUACUCUAAUAAAUGAUAGUGAUUUCGAGCCUGUGGAUAAUUGUCUUAAUAGCGUUUUAGGUACUAGCCAUGAUCUUUCUGAAAGCUUUAAAAAACACUACGAAUUGUGGUUAGAACAAGAAGUAUUUGGUGUUCCAAUAGAGUGGGAAAAUUUACUAGAAGGUGAUAAAUAUAAAUAA